AUGAUCGAUGAUCAAAUUACUUGGUCUAAUAAAAUUAAGGAUCUGCAGUACAUUAUAAACAACACUUAUCACACUUCUAUCAAGAGUACUCCCUCCAAACUGCUACUGGGAUAUGACAUGAAGAAUCAUUCGGAUUCCAGGUUAACACAAUUUCUAACUAACUUACUUAAAGAUUCAAUGAAAAUCCAAGAUCACAAAGAUUCUUGUAACGAGGAACGAGAGAUUGCUCUGCAAGCAUCAGACCACAUUAAGGCUUAUAAUAAGUUUUACUAUGAUGUACGUCAUAAAACUCCCACGAAAUACAAUGUUGGCGAUUAUAUCAUGAUCAAAAAUACUGUCGCAAAAACUGGUCAGGAUAAAAAAUUACAUCUUCCGUAUAAAGGACCAUAUAGAAUCGAAAAAGUAUUGGAUAAUGAUCGUUAUAUUGUACAGGACAUUCCUGGUUGCCAAUUAACUCAAAGACAUUAUCACGGAAUUUUAUCCGACCGAAUUAAACCAUGGAUUCCAAUAUCCAAAGACUAG